CAUUGUAAAUUUCGGCAAUGUCUUGAAAAUGGACUAUUACACUCAAGGAAAUCUGAUACGAUCGCGGCGUUAAGGCAAAGAUAGCAAAUAAGCAGCAAAAUGGGUUAAAAAGUGAGCCAAGAGAUCAUGCCCCACAGCAGUGAUGAGGAAGGGGGCGGAGGAUGUAAGCAGAAAGUUUGGACACGAGGUGAGAAAUGUCUGGCGCCAUAUUCUGGCGAUGGGGAACUGUACAGAGCAUGCAUCAAAGAGAUUAACCGUAGGAACAGAAAGGGAGUCUUUGCUGUGGUAAAGUUUGAUGAGUAUGACUCAGAUGAAAAUGAAGAAGUGCCUAUCACCAGCCUCCAAACAACCAAGCCGAAGUAUGCAUGGAGGAAAAUUGAUGUGGACUCUGCAGAAGAAGAUGUUGAGGACCUUCAGAAGAGCUUGUUUAAGCCGCUAUGUGGAAACGAGGAAUAUUUAAGACUUGAGGGUAAAUUCAACACUGUUGACCAUGACAGUGAUGAAGACUGGAGGUCACCUGCACCUAAAACAAAGGGCAAAGUUUCAGAAUGGAAGAUGAGUCUGUCAAGUGCAAAGGGCUCCCAGAUAAAGUCUCAUGGCAAGAAGAAAACAGUUGUAGCCAUCGGAGGAAGGAAGAAAAAUAAAGAUACUCUCAAGAAUCAAAAUACUGGUGUCCAUGAUUCACAAGAAGCCAGCACAAGCUCAAUACAGAUUGAAGACACAGGGACAGCCAGACCAGAUGUCAGUUCUGUAAAGAAAAGUAACAGGACGACAACUGGCAUACGGAAUGAGGAUGAAUUCUCAGGGUUCACUGAGGAUGAUAUGGAGAAGCCGAAAUUUUCCUUUACCCUGUCGGCUAGUAAAGUACCAUUCCUGUUGUCUGAGCACGGGGAGACACCAGUAGUACAGGUGCCAGCAACCAUCAACCAGUAUCUUCGAGACUACCAGCGGGAAGGCAUCAAGUUCCUGUACUCACAUUACAGAGAAGGUAGAGGUGCUAUACUCGGUGACGACAUGGGACUCGGCAAAACUGUGCAGGUGAUAGGACUUCUGGCUGCGUUGUUGCACAAGCAGGGAAACAGGAUGGACGUCAUGAGACAGAAGCCUAAAUUUAUCAGAGAGUUGUCAGAUUCGUCAGACCAAUACACUGACAUGGACUACAAACCCUUCCUCAUCAUCGGCCCUGGCAGCGUCUUGUACAACUGGCUGGAUGAACUGGACACAUGGGGAUACUUUACAGCAAGCAAGUUUCAUGGUUCCGACAAGAAGACUUGCUUGGCUGAAGUGAAGAAAGGAAAGCUGGAGGUUGUCGUGACAACAUUUGAAACAUUCAGAGAUAACAUGGAGCUGUUGAACUCUGUUGACUGGGAAGCUGUGAUUGUGGAUGAGGUGCACAGGAUCAAGGGUCUUAAAGCACAGACAACUCAAGCCCUGCGUUGUCUGCACACAAAGAAGCGCUAUGGUCUCACUGGAACUGCACUACAGAACAACAUGACGGAACUCUGGUCUAUCCUGGACUGGGCCCAGCCGAAUGUGAUGGGUAGACUGUACGAGUUUGAGACAGAUUUUGUUCAGGUCAUAGAGCGAGGCCAGGGACGUGGUGCCACAAAGAGGGAACUGGCCAUGGCCAGAAAAAAAAGAGAAGAAUUCUCCAACAAGCGGACAAGCAUGAUGAUCAGAAGAACCAAAAAGAUAAUUGCAGACCAGCUGCCAGAGAAAGAUGACAAUGUGGUGUUCUGUAAGUUGACUCCACUCCAGGAAAGUGUGUACAGAGCAGUGCUGGGUCACCCUGACAUGAGCCUCGUUUUGAGAAUGGACGACCCUUGUGACUGUGAGAGCUCGAGAACAAGAAGCAAAUGUUGCUACAAGGUCUCCGCAGAAGGUCACAACAUCACAAGCGUCAUGUUCUCCUUUAUGCACCUGCUUCUGAAGACAGCCAAUCACGUGGCUCUGCUCACACCACAUGCCAACUCCAGCCCACAGCAGCUGAAGAGAACAAAGGAGGUGUGCAAGAUCGCGUUCAAGGACCACCCUCAGUUCCUGGAGCAGAGCAGGGAGGCAUCCUUCCGGACAUUGUCCGAUCCAAAGUACUGUGGGAAGAUGAAGGUUCUCCAGGGUCUUCUGUCGGUGUUCCACAAGACUCACAGCAAGGUGUUGGUGUUCUCCUACUCCACCAGGCUGCUUGACAUCCUGGAACAAUACAUCAUCAGUGACGGACAUGAGUAUCGACGCAUCGACGGCACCGUCAACAACCGCCGCAGGAUGGAUAUUGUUCGCGAGUUCAACAAGGACCCUAACAUCUUUGUCUGUUUGAUAUCUACUAAAGCUGGUGGCUUAGGAUUGAACUUGACUGGUGCCAACAAGGUCGUGAUCUUUGACCCCAACUGGAAUCCAAGUCAUGACCUCCAAGCUCAAGACAGAGCAUACAGAAUUGGUCAGAGAAAGAAUGUGAAUGUGUAUCGCCUCAUCUCUGUAGGGACAAUAGAAGAAAAUAUUUACCUACGUCAAAUAUACAAACAGCAACUAGGAAAUGUUGCUGUUGCAAGUGAGAAUGCGACGCGUUUGUUCCACGGUAUCCAAGGUGACCGCUUCCACAAGGGGGAGCUAUUUGGGGUGAAGAAUAUGUUCCAGAUCCGCACAGGGGACUCUUGUCUAACUAUGGACAUUCUACAGAGAAACCAGAAAACGGAGACAGCUUUACGUGGGUUCCAGAUGUCGAAGUACAUAGUGCCACCAUCAGUUGUCACAGAGGAAACAAUUGAGGAUGAAGAUUUGUCUGAUAACACUAACCUGGAAUCGGAUGAUGAGGAGUCUGAAGAUGCACUGAGACAUCUGCUGGGCACAGACAAUGAUUCAGGUCUAGAUAUAGCAUCGCCACCUCCCUCACCACCAAGUAUAACUAAACCACAGGUGUCUGACAGAAAGAGAUCAGACCAGAGAAAUACGAAGACUGCCAUAAGACGGGAAGUAGUAAAGGAGUUGUCUACCCCUGAUGCAUCUGUCAAUCAGUCCUUUACAUCAAUCAACUCAGUGUUUGAGAAAUGUGGUGUGAUGCACGUCCAUGAAAACCCCAAGGUGGUCGGUGCAUCUCGGGCAGAGAACCACAUGUCACGGCAUGCCAUAAAAGAUGUGUACGAGCUGCACCAGAACUCACAAGCUCCAGCCAUGGAGGUUGAUCCUUACUCUGAUUCCAGUGAGGAGGAGAUCCCUACCCCUCCCCAACUGAAGAAGGGUGGAAGCAGAGGGCGAGGCCGCGGAAGGAAACCUGGGCCUGAUCACAAUACCCCAAGGGCAGUAGAACAUGGGUCUUGUAGGGUCCUGAUUGGCCAGACACCAGCAGCCAUCAGAAGACAACAUUUUGCCAAGAUGGCAGCCAGUGACUCAGCAGACCAGCUGGCUCUUGCAGAGACAAUCCUCAGUGGGAAUGCAGCAUCACGACUACAGAUGCUGAGAGAGUUCUAUACCCAGGAGCACCCUCACCUGGAGGAGGUGGUCAAUACGGCAUUGACCAUCCCCAAGACUGAUGACAGUUCGGUGCUCAGCAGUAGUGUCAAGAAGGCCAGCAGUAUCAAAAAAGGCAAAGAGAGGAAAGCUGUCUCUAAAACUCAGUCUAGGAGCCGACCAAGGAAAUCAAAACAAGGUCUCACUUUUAUGGACUUUGAAGACAGUGAAUCUCAGUCCAUUCCACAACCCAAACCUGGUCCAAGCCGACUUGACCACGAUGAAAGUGACCUGUCCAGCAUGGAAGUAGGCAAGGCAAUAUCUCUGAGAGGAGUGACCACUCGGAUGAGAACUCCUCGUGGGAGACGGACAAAGUCUCAAGGACAGAGUCUGGCAACUAGGACUGUUGUUGAGUCUGAUUUGGACUCACUGUUUGAAAGUAUUCCACAAAAACUGAAUAAACGCUCAAAGGAAAGAGAUCAAAAGCUGGUAAACACAGAGUUGACAUUUUCUGAGACUGUCAAUGUCGAUGAAGUCAAAGUGCCUUUUACAAGAGACGAAGGAUCAAAUGUAGAUGAGUUGCUGUUUCAAAUUGGUAACUGUGGUAGGGAAAAAGACAAGAAACAGUUAAUGCCAGAUGCUAAAGAAGAUGAAGACCAGUUAGUUGUUUCCAUACUUGAUGAUCUAUUCACCACUUCCACAUCACGGAGGAAACCUGCACCACCCAAAGCCAAGAAAAAUGAAAACUCAUGUGACCUGUUUUCUCCAGAAUCAUCAACUUCUGAAAAAGAUGCAGAUUUGACAUCAGACUUGCUCAAUGAGAGCACUUUAGCUGAUGACAGUAUUGACUGUUUCAGUGAGCACAAGAAGUGGAAGAAAAGGAAAGCAUCACCAGGGAAAUCCCCUGGGAAGUCUCCAGGGAGAAGAGUUCAAAGACUUCUCCAAGAGAGUACUGAUGAUUUUGAGAAGCUUUUGGAGUCAGGAAAGUUGAGGAAGAAAGAUGGGAAAUCUACAAGAAAGAAUUUGCAUCGAGAUUUUGAUGACCUUGAUGUUGACGUGGACAGAGAGCACCAGAAUAUAGACAGUGCCAGCCUAUUCUCAUAGCGCUCAAACAAGUGCAUGAUACUUGGGGAUGCCACCCAUUACGAAAUCAGGAAGAUCUACAGUCAUUCCGAUAUUAUGAACCAACUUCUGCCAAAAUGAUUAAGCUAAAUAUGUCAUGUACCUUACCUUGCCCCCAAAAGACAUCACUUGUAAUUAAACCUUGCAACUAUCAUUGCCAGAUACACAAAUAAUUCAUAAUUUUUUAUCUUUUUUUAUGACCUGUGAAGUGAAGGUUUACUUAAUUUGGGUGAUAAAAUAUAAUGCCAAAAAUGUUUUGAUUAAAACUGGACAGUCAGACAUGCAGAUUAUGAGAACUCAUUUCUUUUUGACAGUUAACUGCCUCGCUAUAUGGUAGGCAUCUGGAUGAGUACAUCCCAAUAAAUCCAUGACCUGUGGGCUAGGAUCAAGCAUGCCUCUUGUUUUUUAAGCCUACACCUGUUGUUGUUGGUCACAAGUUUUAGUAUUCUGGUCUACCAUGUCUGCUCUUGUAGAUAGGUCUCUUGUUACAUGUAAAUUAUCAUGAAACUAGGGGACAGUUCAAGGUCAAACUUGGAAAAAAAGUGAUCAUUGAACAACAGUUACUUAAUUUUGUGUUUGUGUGUUUGAGUUACAACUGCUUUAAUUGCUAAAAUCGCUUAGCAAGUUAACCAAUUUCAGUUAAUCAUUGAAAAAUCAUCAAUGAUCAGAUCAGGUGUGCUUUUAGCUGACGGUUUAGGGCAGUGGGAUAGCUUAUUGGUUAAAGUGUUUGUCAUGCUGAUGUUCCAUGUUCAAUUGCUGGCAUGGGUUCAAGGUAUGAAGCCAGUCAUGACUUGAGCCACGAGUCCAAAUCUCAGAUCUUGUGAAAUAUCUUGAUCUUAUGAUCUAUACAACUAAGAGAUUAUACACUUGUACAUCAACACAAGUACUCUGCUGGAAAUGAUGUCAAGUAACAAGUUUGACACAGGUGUUGGAGCAGAUUGUGAAGAAUAUUCUUGAUGUCGUCAGUCCAUGGAUAUCUUAUCUUCUUUCAAUUUUCAGCUCUUGUCAAAAACAAGUCUACACCACAUAUUUGCAACUGGUUACAUAAAAACAUGUUCUCUUUAUGUGAACAAAUGAAACUACAUUUCAUAUUCAUGUACAACAGUGUACACUGUCAAACCUCAGAAGUUACAGUUUUACAUGGCAGUAUAAAGUCAGAUUGACAUGUUUCACUUUUAUACCUUUAAGAAGAUUGACCAAAGAUUAUAUGUAAAAUGCAUUUGAUCAAUUGUUAUUAAAAAUGUUAAUCCUUGA